AUGUCGGUUUGGUUUUUAGAUUCGCAUGUAGGAGAGCUUGACAAUAAAACCAAAACUCUUAAAACUAUGUAUUUUAACAAGGCGCAUGUUCUUUUUACCCUAUAUCUGAGUAUUUCAAACAGAUUUUCUUUUUCAUCUGUAUUUUUUGAGAGAAAAACAAAUUUGCAGUUUAACAGAGAAAAAAGUAUAGUUCCAGUGUUUGUACGUAGUUUGUCGGAAUGUGCAAUGCAAUGUGUUUUCAAAACAAAAUGCGUUUUCUUCUUUUACAACCAUGUCGACUUUUUUUGUCAAUCGGAAGGAAAACUAUUUGUGUCUUUUACUGAAGGCAAUGGAAACAACUGGAUGUAUUACGAAAUGAAGAUGACGAAUGCGGCAGCCUUUAAGUCAGUGACGAUGAGUUCUGAAUUUAACCCGCCUCACCAUUCUCCACAUUACGCAGUGGACGGUCAAGUGUUUAAUUCAAUAUGGGCUGAACAGUGCGGUUGUACAGAUUUUGAUGCUUUCCCAUGGAUGGUCAUUGAUAUGGAAAACAUCUUUGAGGUCAACUAUGUUACUCUGUUCAACAGAAUUGAUGAGCUAGGUGAGCGUCUUCGUGAUAUAACUGUCUAUUUGGGUAAUGACCAUGUGAAUGGUGAAUUUCCAGUCAUAUGUGGCAAGUAUGAAGGCCCAGGAGAAAAUGCUGAAGUUGUCCAUAUUGUGUGUGAUAAACCAUCGCGUGGCCAGUUUAUAAAAAUCCAAAUGGUCAAUACACACCUACAAUUCCUUUUAACUCUCUGUGAAAUCAGAGUAUUAGUUUGA